CCGUGAUUCACUCUGCGCCUGUCUCUCGGCGCAAAGCACACCCUCUCCGACGUGGUAGAGAAAAGAGUUGCCUCAGAUUAUUUGUUGCUUGUUUUUAUCGUCUGUGUUAUUUCCUCGAGGUAUUGAGAAUCGCCUGCCAAAAGGUAAGAGAACCAGGUGAACUGGCUGAUUUGGUCGGAAACAUCCGUUCAACGUCCGCCAGUUUGUCGCAAGACACGUCGCUGAACGCGUGCCAUGACGGAGCGGAAGCAAAAUAAUAGUAAAGAUUUCUCCAUCGAGCGCAUCCUCGGUGUUGACCGGUUGAAAAACGGUCCGCUGGAAGAAAUAAAAAGACCACCGGAUAAAGAAGCCGACUUAUCUGCCAGUUGCAAUAGUAGCAGUUGCGAAGAAGAUGAAGGACAUCAAUUCCGGCAAAACAUUGAUAUCGACGAAACGGAAUCGUCUGUCAAUUUCUUAGAGUCCGAAAGCACAGCUCCUACUUCCUGGCUAAAUACCAGUUAUGGCUGCCCUCCGUUCUUCAAUCGAGGAUGGUUCAGCCAAACGAUUCGGCCACCUUUCUUCACUCUCCAAGCUCCGAAACCUGUUGGUCGGAGACAUCGUCGACCAGGUGCAGAUCGCAAACCAAGACAGGCUUACAGUGUCAAACAACUGGAACAGCUCGAAUCUGAAUUUAAGGUGGACAAAUAUUUGAGCGUUAACAAGCGGAUGGAAUUAUCAAAGAACUUAUCGUUAACUGAAGUUCAGAUCAAGACUUGGUUCCAGAAUCGCCGGACUAAAUGGAAGAAACAAAUGACGGCCAGAUUUAAAUUGAACGCGGCCGUUUCUUCUCCUAUCGACUCGAACAGCAGCAGGUCAUUCAUCAACACGUCCGUCCCAACAUUGUGGACGGUAGAUUGGACGUCGUCAACGCAACAGUACCAAACAAUACAACACCAUCAUCCGGCGCUUGUGAGUAACAGUCCGUUCCAGUCGUGGAAUAAAACGACGAGCCAACAACAGCAAAGGCGAUUCGAUCCUCAUCUUUGUGCGGCCGCUAUCGACUCCCACAGGAGCGACACUCCGUCACAGCAGCCAUAGAAACACACAGAGCCGCUGCCGCCAAUCGACAAUUGUAUUCAAUUUAACACCACCAUGUCUCUUAGUAUAUAGGCCUAUAUAUAACCGAAUGUAAUAUAUACGAGAAAAUAAGAAAUUGAUCGAAAAUUGUCGUCGGGUUCUUUAUACAUGUCGGAAGGGGCGUUUUAUCUUGUAGCUAACAGUCGGUGCGCACCAAAUAUACAGCCAUUGCAUUUUC